AAGCCCUGCAAAACUUUAUAGUUGUUAUUGUUGUAUAAUAAUAAAAUGGUCAAUUAUUUGUUAAGCUGGGUUCGAGUGGACAUUAACACGAGGUUUAAAAUUUCCGCAGCCGACGUGUAGAAAGCAAACAUAAUUUGACCACUUCAAACACAUCUGAUGUUUUUUUUUCGUUGACUUCUUAGCUUAUACCGUAACCGCGUAACAUGUCUUCAAUUCCUUCCAUCACUAUCAUUGGCGCUGGCAUAAGCGGUUUAUCAGCUGCUCAAACUUUAUACAAAAACGGAUUCACUGACAUCACCAUUCUUGAAGCAAGAGAUAGAAUAGGCGGUCGAAUUAAUACAGUUAAAAAAGGGGACUUUAAGUUUCAAAUCGAAGAAGGUGCUCAGUGGUUGCAUGGUGACAAGAACAACCCAUUGGAAAAUGUUACACAAUCUAACAAAAUUAGAAAGACUUUAUCAGGAGAAUGCACAAAGUUUUUUUCGACAAACGGAAGCCUCACGCCCCAUGAGCAAAAUGUGAUUAAUAAAGGAUUGGAAUAUUUUAAAGUUCUUCUAAAAAAGUUGUUCGACAAAGAGCAUAAGAAGCUGCCACUUUCUUGUGAUGUUCUUUCAUACUUAAAGAAUGAAUGGAUGAAGAUAUAUGCUGGACAUACCCCUGUUGAAAAAAGGCUGCUUGAAAAAUUAUUCAAAUGCUUGCAUAAUCAGGAAUGCUUACUUGAUGGCUGUAGUUCAUUGGCCCAAGCCAGUCUACCAAAUUACAACAAAUACCUAGAACUAGAAGGUGGAAAUUAUACAUUUGAUGAUGGGUUUGCGCAAGUGGUGAAUGCUGUUGCCGAAAUUAUCCCUUCUAAGAACAUUCAACUCAAUUCUGUAGUCACCACAAUAGAAUGGAACAUUCCAAACAAAAGUUACACAUCAGAAAGCAAGGUGGUGGUUAGGUAUUCACUAAAUGGUGAAAGUCAUAGGGUUGAGUCGGACCAUGUUAUUGUCACUUUACCACUUGGUUGUUUAAAGAAGUUACAUAAAACUAUGUUCAAUCCUCCACUGCCGAAAAGUAAAGCUUCAGUUAUAAACAGCAUUGGCUUUGGGAUUCUGAACAAGGUGAUCUUAUAUUAUGAAGAACAGUUUUGGGAGGAUGAUGUGAUGGUAAUGAAUCUUCUGUGGGAUGAAUUGAAUGACGGAAACAAAUUUGGGAUCCAAAUUGUUAAUUUCCAUGUUUUACAAGAUGCAAGGAGUGGAAAGUCGUAUUUGGUGGGUUGGGCAAGUGGUGAUAAUGCUGUUAAACUCGAGCGAAUGUCAGAUGAAGAAAUCUCAGAUGUUUGCACUGAUCUCUUUAGAAAAUGUUUUGGUAAAGAAGUUUCCAGACCAGAUGCCAUUUAUGUCACACGUUGGCACUCUGACCCCUUCUCACUUGGUUCAUACAGCUAUGCAGCAGUGAAUUCAAAUGCUGAAGAUAAUACUGUUUUAGCGGAGCCUGUGGUAGGCGAUAAUAAUGAAAAACCUCAAAUUCUGUUCGCUGGUGAAGCAACACAUCCUACGUUCUUCUCCACUGUACAUGGAGCUUAUGAGAGCGGAAAAAGAGAAGCAGAACGAAUAAUUGGAAUGGGUUACAAGAUCCCAUCCAUUUAAUCGCAUUCCCUAUAUACUUUCAAUCUAUUUAAAUAGUUCAUCCAUUUUUUUUAAUACUACACAUAAUUGUUCUAGGAAAAGAUUCUCAACUGCUGUUAUCAAGUGACUUUGAUGGUACAAUUGACUUUAUUUGCGGAGCA